UGAAGCAUUUAGAUAACUGCCUUAAACGUGACAACUGAAGAAGUUUGUGAUGCCCUUAAAGAAGGAAAUGAGCUUCCAUCUGAACUCCUUCAAACUUUGCUUAAGAUGGCACCAACUGCUGACAAAGAAUUGAAGCUGAGGCUCUACAAUGGGGAUCUCUCUCGGCUUGGACCUGCGGAACGAUUCCUGAAAGUCUUGGUUGAUAUUCCAUUUGCCUUCAAGAGACUAGAAUCCUUGCUCUUUAUGUGCAGUCUUGAGGAGGAGGCAUCAAUGGCUAAAGAAUCAUUUGCUACUUUGGAGGCUGCUUGCACGGAACUACGGAAGAGCAGGUUGUUUCACAAGCUCCUUGAGGCUGUUUUGAAAACUGGCAAUCGUAUGAAUGAUGGAACAUUUCGUGGUGGUGCUCAAGCAUUUAAACUUGACACGCUUCUGAAACUAUCAGAUGUAAAAGGAAUAGACGGCAAAACUACGUUGUUGUAUUUUGUUGUUCAAGAGAUAAUCCGUUCAGAAGGUAUACGAGCUGCCCGUACCAGAGAUCGAGGGAGUGUGUCUAGCCUCAAGUCUGAUGAUCAAGAAAAAAGCACAGGGGAUUAUUUCCAUGGAAAUGCAGGGAAAGAUGUCUAG